CGGCGCCCGGCGCAGGAGUUGCUCGCAAGCCAAACACCACCUCGCAAAACCCUAUCUCGGCAGCGCCAGGAGUCCGCGCGUAGCCAUCCGCGGUUUCGCAGCGCGAGGAACUGCUGUGGGAUGGGCGGCGAGGCCGCCCCUGCGGCGGCCGACGCGCUGCGCGCGCUGUUGGAGGAGGAGGACGAGGAUCUCACCGGCUUUGCGGAGGAUGCGGCGGUGCAGGAGGCCCUGUCGUGCGGCCGCGACCUGCGGGAGCACGCCGAGGAGGUGGAGAGCUCGCUGCGCGCGGUGGAGAGGGAGUCGAUCGCCGACUACAUCAAGGAGAGCGAGUCGCUCGCCGGGCUGCACACCCAGAUCCGCGAGUGCGACGGCGUGCUCGACACGAUGGAGUCGAUGCUGCGCGGCUUCCAGUCGGACCUGGCGUCCAUCUCGGCGCAGAUCAAGUACCUGCAGGACGAGAGCCUCUCGAUGAACGUCCGGCUGCGCAACCGCAAGGCGGCCGAGACACAACUCUCGUCCUUCAUCACGCAGAUCGUCGUGCCGCCGGAGCUGAUCUCGCAGAUCUGCGAGGCCGAGGUGGACGCGUCCUACCUGGGCUACGUGCAGCAGCUCGACGCCAAGGUCUCCUUCGCCAAGCUCGAGAGCACCGCCAUGACUUCCGCCUGCGCCGACAUCGCGCCCGAGCUCGAGAAGCUCCGCCUCAAGUCGGUGCAGCGCAUACGCGACUUUCUGCUCGAGCGAGUCGGGCGGCUGAAGCGGCGGAUGACAAACACGCAGAUCCUGCAGAACUCGGUGCUGCUCAAGUACAAGGGGCUGUACGCCUUCCUCCAGAGCCACGCCCCCGACGUCAAGACGGUCUUCGUGGAGGAGCAGCUCCUCGCCGACAACGGCAAGAUGAUCAGCUUCGUCAAGCAGGCCGAGCCCCUGCUCGUGCCCGGCGCGCCGCCCGAGGACGCGGCCAAGGUGGACAAGGGGGCGAUGGAGCACCUCACGCGCGAGUUUUACGACAAGUGGAAGGCGGGCAUCGAGGCGAUCCACCGCGACGUGGUCCAGUCCUUCUCCAACUUCAAGCUCGGGAUGGACAUCCUCAAGCAAGUGCUCACCCAGCUCCUGCUCUACUACACGCGCUUCCUCGACCUCGUCAAGCAAGCCUUCCCGCACGGGCCGCCCUUCGCGCAGUACAUCCUCUCCAUCCCCACGCUGAUGAACGAGAUCAAGCACUUCUCGAGAAAUUUCUAGCGCCCAGCCGCCCGCCGGUGGGGGAGAGGCCUCUGAGCUGCAGAGGACUGGCGCUCUCUGUGUCGAGUCGACGCCUUUAGUCGUGACGUCGUCCUUGAAACCCCUAUUGUCGCGCAUCGCGCGCGCUGUCGCAUGUGAUGUCUCGUGUAUUACUGUGUCUCCAGACUCCACCGCGC